AUGGACAACACAGCUAGGAAACUUCAACUAAAGUCAGAGGUAGGACUGAUUGGAGGAGUGUCCCUUAUUGCAGGGGUCAUGAUCGGCUCUGGGAUCUUUAUGUCCCCACAGACUGUACUGCUGGACAUUGGGAGUCCUGGGGCUAGCUUGGUGAUCUGGGCUGUCUCUGGAUUGUUGGCAAUGCUGGCAUCACUGAGCUAUGCUGAACUGGGAACAGUGAUUCGUGAAUCUGGAGGUGAAUACGUCUACAUACUGCGCACUACCGGCAACUUGAUGGCAUUUCUCUUUGCUUUCACCUCUGUGCUUGUUGUAAGGCCAGUCAGUAUGACUGGACUGGCUCUUAGCUUUGCGCUCAAUGCUGUUGCACCCUUCUAUGAAGACUGUGAACCCCCAGCCCUCGUAGUAAAGUCUGUAGCUGCAUGUGGAAUUGUCUUCUUGACCAUAGUGAACUUCCUGAAUGUGCGCUCCUCCAUGGCUGUCACCACAAUCCUCAUGGUAGUUAAGUUCCUUGCACUGGCAGUUAUUUCUAUUAUUGGUGUGAUUUUGCUCAUCCAAGGAGGCACUGGAAAUCUUCAGAAUGCAUUUCAGGGGACCAGCUCCAGCAUUAGUGUGACUGGAAUGGCUUUCUACCAGUGUCUGUGGGCCUAUGAUGGUUGGAGCACUCUUAAUUCAAUCACUGAAGAGCUUAAGCAUCCUGAGGUAACUAUC